GAGACUCCGACCUACGUCACAGGUACAUCACGUGCACCAAAAAUCCAGGCCACGAACAGUUUAUACCCAUCAAGGAUCUGACACUGGACGACUUCCCUGGAGCCUUGAGAUACCAAAGUGUCCUUGAUUACGUCAUAGCGCUGAGCCAGCUGGUCGUCAGGUAUUGUCUUUUACGGUCUUAACUUAAUACUGCCCACGUGGCUGCUGCUGAUGCUGUUGAUGUUGUUGCUGCUGUUGAUCUUGUUGAUGCCGCUGAUGCUGUUGAUGCUGUUGUGGUAGAUGUGGUUGUUGUGUUACUGUCCUGAUUCAUUUUAAAAAAAUGUACCCGUUGGUUCUGUGGUUUCAAAUGUAAAACAUUUUUAAUGUUGCGGUUGUGUUGUCAUUUCAAAAACUAGGAUCCUAUCGCAUCUGUUUGUUGCUGUGCUAUUUUUUGUAUGCUGGUGAUUUCAUUUGGCGUUGUUGUGUGGACUGUCACUACAGGCAGAAGAGGACGAGUACUGAUGAAUGAGAAGAAUUUUAGUUUGUUGUUGUUUUUUUUUUAAUUAAAUUUCCGAGCCUCGUUUCCCCGCCCCCCCAAAGGUUAAAGGUGAAGGUCACAAGUUCAGACAGACCCAAAGAAGAUCCAUUCAGCAAGCUGGUAGGACGAGGCGUACUGCGAGGGGCGACCGGAAGUGUGUGUCAUCAAGUGGACUUGGACAACAUCCGUGUGCUCCCGUGUAAAGACGACUGCAUUUUAAGUGUAAGUGUUAAGCACUGCCAGGGUUUGGAAGAUUUGUAUCUGUAUGAUGAUCUUAAAACAGAUUGAAAAACAUCUUCCAAACCAUGAAAGUGCAAUUACGACGUUUAUAUAUCCAUUCCAGUUUUAGAAAGUUCGAGUGCUAGUGUUGCAGCGGCAAUACUAAAAUCCGACCAGGUGCUUCUUGGUAGAGAUCGCCCCAUUUGCCAGGUCAGUUGAGUGGACGGCCGGUGGGGGGGGGUGGAGCUGACUCAGUGGCGAAGAGUUUCGGGCGUGCAGCUUCGUGGUCCUAUAUUGACUGAGACCCCAGUGCCCUAAUCUUGACUUGAUCUCAUCUUUCUCCCCAGGGCAGCAACCACUCUGUCUACGGCUUCAUCCCUGUCCGCACCAACAGGCACGUCGUCCACGAUGCUAAGGAAGCCGAGAGCACCGAGGUGGAAUGCUUUUUCGACACGCCUGAUCGACUCGGCGUCGUCACGCUCAAAGGUCACGACGUCCAACGGGACACGGAGAACGGCGAGUGCGUCAUCGUCCGGUGCGUCACGCAUGACCUGGAUUUCAUCAAGAAGGUCCACC